AUGGCACGUGAGGCUUCUGUUGAGGCUAAUCAUGAUAUGUUCACACUUGAAGUACACCACGGGGGCUACUUUGUUGAUAGUUUAUAUAUGGAAGAACAUUCAAUACUAUUACAAGCACAAGAUUAUUUUGGAGCAGUGAAGUUGGUGAAAGGGAGCCAGCUGUUUGUGUUAUACAUAACUGAAAAUCCAGCACCUAGGCCUCUAAAUGUUCAGUCCCCAAUAUUCUCUGCAUACGGUGAAAAUGUUGAAGAUUAUGAAGAUGUUGCUCCUGGAUAUGAUGCUGAUGAAGAAAAUGGGCAAUAUGACUUUGUGGAUGUUGACAUAGAGGAAGAAUUUGGUGAGGCAGAGGAAGAAUAUGGCGAAGUUGAGGUAGAAAGUGAUGAAGCUGAGAAAGGUGGGGAGGAUGAGAAAGAAGUUGGUGAUUUCAUAGAUAGUGAGUUUGAGCAAAGUGAUGAAGAGGACAAAAUGAAUUUUCAUAGGUAUAUUGUAACUGAAGAGCAAGAUGAUGGGCAUAAAGAACCAGGUGAGGGUGAGACUGAUGGUUAUAAUGCAUCAGACUUAGGGAGUUUGCAUGAAGAUACUGAAGAUGAAGAUGACAAGAAGAGAGGUUUGAGGCAGCAAAAAUUCAAGCAGUACAAUAAACAGCAUUACCUAUUAGAUCCAAAAUUCCACUUGGGCUUGGAGUUUCCUAAUAUGCAGGAAUGUAGAGAGGCCAUAAAGUACUAUGCAUGCAAGUGUGCUAGAAUACUAAGGUUUGUGAAGAAUGAGCCUAAUAAGGUGAGGCUGGGUGAAAAGGCAAAGAGGCAUAGUAAGAGUGAUAAGAGUAAAAGGCAUGGUAAGGGUGAAGAGGGUGAAGAUGAACUAGAAGAUUGUCCUUGGUUAUUGUAUGUUGCACAUGUUGGGAAAGGACCCACUAUUAGAGUGAAGACAUACCAUCCAAUUCAUACAUGCGGUAGAUCUCAAAGAACUAGGUUUGCCACUUCACAAUGGUUGGCUAAAAGGUUUGAUGAGGAUCUCAGAACCAAUCCUAACAUGGACCAAUGCUACAAGGCAAAGAAUUUGGCAACUGAGAGGAUUCAAGGAAGCAUUGAAGAACAAAAUGCAAAGCUGUGGGAUUAUUAUGGGGAGCUUAAGAGGCAAAACCCAAGGAGUACAAUUUUAGUGAAGACAUCAUUAUGGGGAGAUGAUCCAGUUUUUGAGAGGUUUUAUAUAUGUUUUGCUCAACUGAGGAAGGGGUUUAUUGAAGGAUGCAGAACCAUGGUUGGUUUUGAUAGGGCUUUCAUCAAAGGACAACAUCCAGGACAACUUUUAAGUGUUGUUGGGAUUAAUGCCAACAAUGGCAUGUUCCCAAUUGCUUUUGCUGUUGUAGAGACAGAAAGCAGAGACACUUGGACAUGGUUUUUAGAUAUAUUCUUCAAUGAUGUUAGGGUAAGAGGCACUGGAAAUGGGUGGGUUUUUAUCACUGACAAACAAAAAGGACUGGGGCAAGCAAUUGAGGCUUUAAAGCCAGAUGCUGAACAUAGGCAUUGUGUAAGGCAUCUGCACAAUAAUUUCAAAGUUGCUGGGCAUGGUAGUCUGGCACUUAAACAGAGGUUAUGGGCUGCUACUAAAAGUACAACACUUCCUUGGUGGGAAGCUGAGAUGGACAAUAUUAUGGAAAUAUCUGCCCCAGCUCAUGCAUGGCUUAAGAAUAGGCCAGCAAUUCAUUGGAGCAGGUCACACUUUAGUACUAGGAUCAAGUGUGAUAUACUUCUGAACAACUUAUGUGAAUGUUUCAAUUCAGCAAUUUUGGAGGCAAGAGAUAAACCAAUAAUCACGAUGGUGGAAAGGAUAAGAACAUAUUUAAUGUUGAGAGUUGCAAGACAAAAUGAGGUGAAAUGGACUCAAAGAGUUGGGCCAAGGAUCUUUCAGAUUAUUGAAAAGAAUUUGAAAGAUAGUGGCUCAUGCAUUGCACAGAAUGCAGGUGGAAACAGGUUUCAAGUCACCCAUAUGCUUGGUGGGCAAUAUGCAGUUGAUCUAAAUAUUCACUCUUGCACUUGUAGAAAAUAG